UUACCAGUCAAAUCUCGCAGCAGCAGCAACAAACAGCAGCAAUGGCCGUGUUCCGCAGAGUGGCAGCGCUGGCCGGCAGACUAAACCUCUGGUCGGCGGCGAGACACGAGCUGGUCGGCGGUCAGACGACCAGCGGAGGACGGACACGGAGGUGUUUAGCCGUCGGGAUGUGUCUGGCGACCGGAGGAGCCGUGGCGGUUUACUUCUACAGCGAUAAGACGAGCGGAGGAGGCGGGAAGAGGAUGAGGAGUCAGCGGAGCAUCAACGGUUUACUAACGGCCAUACCCACCGUGGAGGCCAAGGAGAAGGGGCGUCCGUUUGACUUUGAGGAGGGAGACGUGUACAUGUCGUCCCAUGAGCACCGCUUCCGCAUGUUCACCUCUGUGGAGUAUGAAGGACAGCUGUACAUGACUCCGCAGAACUUCAUCGAAUCGGUCACCAUGAGCGAACCCAGAAACAAGAGGCCCUGGAGGUCCCUGGCCAAACAGGAGCUGGAGAAGAUUUUGUCAGAAACUCCCCAAGUGUGGAGGGGAUCCUCCAAACUGUUCCGCAACCUGAGAGAACGAGGCAUCAUCUCAUACACAGAGUACCUGUUCCUGCUCUGCAUCCUCACAAAGCCCCAUGCUGGCUUUAAGAUUGCUUUCAAUAUGUUUGAUGCAGACGGCAACCAGAUGGUGGACAAGAGGGAGUUCUUGGUGCUUCAGGAGAUCUUCCGGAAGAAAAAUGAGAAGAGAGGGAGGAAAGGAGAUGCUGAGAAGUCGGCGCAGUUGAGUAUGCAGCUCUAUGGAUAUCAGGUUGCCCCCAUGAACAGCGUGCUAAAAAAAGACAGUCAGGAGUUUGUGGCGCGGAGUUACUGGGACGUUCUGAGGCGAGGCGCCAGUCAAGUCCUCUUUUCUGACCUGGCGGAGGAUUUUACUCUUGAGCGAGCAGAUGAGAGUAUCACGAUCGACACCACCCUGUUGGUCCAUUUCUUUGGGAAGAAAGGGAAGGCAGAGCUUACUUUUGAUGACUUCUACAGGUUUAUGGAUAACCUUCAAACAGAGGUGUUGGAAAUUGAGUUUCUGACUUACUCUAAAGGGAUGACCACCAUCAGUGAAGAAGACUUCGCCAAAAUCCUGCUUCGCUUCACCAAUGUGGAGAACAUCAGCGCCUACCUGGAGAACGUCCGCCACUGUAUACCUGACGAGAAGCAGGAGGGAAUCACCUUUGAUGAGUUCAGAUCAUUCUUCCAGUUUCUCAACAACCUCGAGGACUUUGCCAUUGCCAUGCAGAUGUAUAAUUUCGCCUCUCGCUCCAUUGGACAAGAUGAGUUUGCAAGAGCGGUGUAUGUGGCCACUGGGCUGAAGCUGACACGUCACCUUGUACACACCAUCUUCAAGAUCUUUGACGUGGACCACGACGACCAGCUCUCCUACAAGGAGUUCAUCGGAAUAAUGAAGGACCGGCUGCACAGGGGAGCCAGGGGCUUCAAAUCUGUGGAGCGCUUCACCUCUUUUAAAUCCUGUCUGAAGAAGGAGCUGGCAGGCAGCAGGUGAAGGGCCGACACCACACCUCCUUCUCCGGCUGUGUUCGCUCUGGGGCUAGAAGACAGGUGCACAAGCUCUGGAGGAGGUUCCAGGAGAAGCAGUAGAGGAGGCCUGAGUUAACAACAACAUGGUGUGUUCAAAGGCAGAUCUCCGUUGGACCUCCACAGCCGAUACUAGCAUGCCUGCACACAGCUGACUGAAGCUCUGUAUGAUGAUGAUGAUGAUGAUGAGCAUCAUCACUCCUGUUUCCGUUCUUGUCUUCCCAGUCGUCUCGAUCUGAUGCCAAGUAUGAUUUACAGUGUAUUUAAACAAAACAGAAUUAGAUUAGAAAACUACUCUCCAAACAUAGCACCUCCACAACAGUCAGUAGAACUGCAACUAACGAUAAUUUCUAUUUUGGAUGAAUCUAGCGUCUUUUUUUAAUUAAGCUAUAAAAACAUUGUUUUAAUUAGCUUACUUAUUCUGAACAGCCUAACAAUUUUAUAACAAUAUUAUAUAGAUAUUACUAAGCAAGUUUUAGCAUUUUUGAAGUUCUACCAACUAAAUGAUUUUCACUUAAUGAAUGACGUUUUAAAUUAUUUAUCCAAACUAUAAUAUAUGUCUUUUUAAAUAAGAAUAAUUAGCUGAACUGCUGCAUUACAAACUGUACCAACUGAAAGAGCACAACAAUAGUUACAUUACAAAAAUCUAUUUGAUAUUGAUAAUGUAAAAUAAUAUAUUGACAUACAGCAGAACACUGAAGUCGUAGAACUAAAUGAAGGUAUUGUGGAUAUGUAUUGUCUGUCUUCACCUCUUUUUAUUCAUAUCAGUCUUUUUUCACUUAUAUUUUGAUGAUCUCAUCUAGCCAGUAUAAUUGUUGCUUUUUAUUGCACUAAGAGAGUAUAUAAACACUAUUGCUACAGUUAGGAUGCUGUAUUAUCCUAAUAUUACUACAGCACCGGGGAUACCUUUGACCUGGAGGUGGCAGCAUAAAGCAUGAAAGACAAGGGAUGAGAUUGUUUUUGUAAUAUUGUAAUUUGACAUGAUCCUUAAUGUCUUAACCUGUUUUGUGUCUUAGUUGCAUGUAUGACAAUAUAUAUAUAUGUCUAUAUAUGACAUAGAUAUCCACACGGGCGCCUUUUCUCCAUUCCCUUUCUCAUCCGAAUAAUGUCACAUAGCAAACCAGCAAAUAAUUCAGCACUGUGUAGCUUUUAAAAUGAAUAGAAUUGCAAAACGUGCAUUUAUUACAUCAGCAUUAUCUGUCAUUUAUAACUAGGGAUGCACCGAUCUGACUUUUUCAGUCCCGAUACCGAUAGCGAUACUGAUAGCGAUACCGAUAGCGCUACUGUGCAAUACUGUGCUUUGGGUAUCGACCGAUACCGAGUACUGAUCGAAUCUGAUCAUCCAAUCAUCGUGUGGAUCACUAAUCACUAAGAUAAUUCCUCUAUAUGUAGGGCAACAUCAGGCUUGACCUAAACAUUGCUUUCUUAACUUAAACAAAAUGUAACAAAUAAAUAUAAGAAAAUAGAUAAAUAAAAUAAAUGUAUUUACUGAAUUGAUAUUUAUUAUUGAAAUAAUUAAUUGUACACUGGCAACUUGGCAAAUAAAUCUUCAAAAUUAUCAGGAAUUACAAUUCAAGUGUAAACCCUUUUAAUGCAGCAACAAAUUGGUCAAAACUUAAACAGGAAUUAAAAUGCCAGUAUAAUUGAUAUAGUAUAUAAACAUAAAACUGAAUUGAAUAGAUCGGCCAGCUAUUUGAGUCAGUAUCAGCCCGAUAACCGAUCCGGUACCGGUGCAUCCCUAUUUAUAACCCAAUCUUUAAUGUUAUAAUAUAUCAUGAAUCAUUGAAUAUAAGUUUUAAAUGUCUUGGUGUGAAAUAUGGAAUAUAUUUUGAAUAUAUUGGAAAGAAAGGAAGAAGUAGGAAAUGGUAAAAUGAAAAUGUAUGUAAAUUAUUCCCAUCAUGUUUGCAAUAAUUCAUGUGUUUGUCACCUCAGUGGAACCUGGUGAAUUAAUUUACAUGCACGAAUAAACUAUUUUAAGAAGA